UUCAGCCAUAAAUCUUUUAUGGUAUCAGAGCACGCACAGAAAGACUGAAGAUCCUGUCACGUUCUACAUCACCUUUCCCUACCUCACUCUGCAUUUUUUUCCUUACUGUCAUGGCUUUACCAGAAAACCUAUUGACUGUGCAAUCUUUCCACCAAUGUUCCAGCCUUAUCUCCCUAAAAUUAAACUCUUCAAAUUACUUGUUGUGGAAAUCGCAAGUGUUACCUCUAAUCAGAACAUUGGGAUUGGAACAUCACCUCWUGGAAGAAGCUCCKGUCGUUGAUGAAUGCAAAGGAAAAGAGGGAGAAUCAGCAAYCARUACACAAGUACGCACUUGGAUCAACAAUGAUGGCCUCUUAACUUCAUGGUUACUAGGAAUCAUUGCAGAAGAUGUGUUGACUCUACUUGAAGGGACUGAAACGGCAAAAGAGGUAUGGCACUCUCUUGAAGARUUGUUACUYACCAUGACAAAAGAAAAUGAAAUACAUCUAAAUGAGGCUCUUCUCACAUUAAAGAAGGGCUCCUUAUCUAUGGAUGAGUACAUUAGAAAGUUCAAAAACUUGUGUGAUAGAUUAKCAGCCAUGAAAAAGCCAUUGGAUGACUUAACCAAAGUAUUCCAUUURGCAAGAGGAUUAGGAAUCAAAUAUAAAGAUUUUCGAACUGCCAUGUUAUCUAAAGCCCCYUAUCCUUCAUACAAUCAAUUUGUUCUUGCCUUGAAAGCACAUGACCAAUUUCUUACUGAUGAAGAAGAAGAAAGAUCCAGCCAAGUGAAUUUAAAUCAAGCAUUUUUCUCAAAUCGAGGAAGGAGCAGAGGAAGAGGCAGACAAUUUUCAUCAAGGGGAAGAGGCUUUUAUCAUAGUAAACACCCAAAGAAUCAAAUAAGCUAUAAGCAAGGAAUUGUUUCACAGAAGAUGAAUAAUGCUCAUCAACACUCAAAUGGAAGUGCAGAUUUCAAACAAGAGAAACUAGUGAUCCGUCAAAUAUGUGGUAAGAAUAACCACACUGCAUUGGAAUUCAUGUUGGAAUAGAUUUGAUCAUGCUUACCAAUCCGAUGAAAUACCUGAAGCACUUACUGCCCUGACUUUAAAUGAAGUUGCGGACAAUAAUAUCUAUGCUGACUCUGGAGCGACUUCUCAUGUGGUAAAUGAUCCAGGAUCCACAGGGGUUAAUUCUAGCUGAAGGAUAUGAAAAGCAUGGUCUUUACAAGCUGGGAGAAUUGCAGCCGUAUGUCAAAAAUACUGCUGCAGCCUUUACUACUACURCUGUUUUAAAUAAAACAUCUUAUGYUGUGUGGCASAAGAGAUUAGGCCACUUGAAUAAUUAUUWUUUAAAAACUCUUGCUAAUAAACAGUUGAUCAAUGUCACUUGUUGGACAAAGAAACAACUAGUUUGUGUUAGCUGUCAAUKAGGCAAAAGUUGCAAGUUGUCUUUCAAUUCCAAUAAAACUUAUGCUUURAAACCUUUAGAUAAAGUUCAUUGUGAUUUAUGGGGACCAGCUCCGAUCUCUUCUUGCCAAUUUUUCAAAUACUAUGUUAGUUUUAUAGACGAUUAUUYUCGAUAUGUAUGGCUCUACCCUUUGAAGAAAAAAUCUGAGUUCCUAUCUUGCUUUAUCAAWUUCAAACUCCUUGUGGAAAAUCAAUUUGAAAGAAAGAUUAAGGUUUUCCAAAGUGAUGGUGGGGGAAUUUCAAUCCAACUCCUUUAAAAAUGUUUUGGAACAAAGUGGCAUCCAUCAUCAAUUUUCAUGUCCUUACACUCCUCAACAAAAUGGAGUAGUUGAAAGGAAACAUCGCCACAUAGUUGAAACCGGCCUCUCACUUUUAUUUGAAUYUCAUAUGCCUCUAAAAUAUUGGGUGGAUGCUUUUCUUACGGCUGUUUAUCUAAUAAAUCGAAUGCCCUCCAAAGUUCUAAGCAUGAACUCACCAUUUCAAAAACUUUAUGGAAAAGAACCUAGUUACAAUAACUUGAGAGUGUUUGGAUGUAGAUGCUUUCCAUAUCUAAGAAACAAUCCCAACAAGAAUAAGUUUAGUAAACGAACAUAUCCUUG